AGAUCGCUCCGUGGGUCCCCUUGUGACGCGGCCUCCGAGGAAGCAUGCGUAGCGGUGAAAUGCUUCCCCGUAAUGUUUCGUCGUGUGUGUGGAUGUCUGUCGUGUGAGGUAAAUAUUGCUGGUUUUAUUCAGUUCUGUCACUUUCAUUAGUUGUUUGCCCAUGCCGUCUUGUUCUGCUACUGCGUCACAUGAGUGCCUGAGGAGCGGAGGCAGCAGUAUGGCGCCUUGUCUGGAGCUUAUUAUAACAAGAUGGCUUCUGGUUUCCAGCUGGUGUUGAUCCUCGGCUUCAUAGCGAUGACUGCUGAAGCUGGUCCAAUUCCAAACUCACCAGCCUGUCCUCCUGGCUGGACCCAGCUUGGAAGUCGCUGCUUCAUUUUCUACUUCACCCCGAGAAUAUGGAGCGAUGCCGAGGCCUUCUGCAUUUCUAUUGGUGGGAAUUUGGCCUCAAUCCACAACAAUGAAGAAAACGACUUCCUGAGUGAAAUGAUCACCCGGGACACAGGGAACCCUUCGAUCACAUGGGUCGGCGGCCAUGACGCCAUCACAGAGGGACAGUGGAUGUGGAGCGACGGAUCAAAGUUUGACUAUUCUUCCUUUGCUCUGGGUCAGCCUGAUAACUUCGCACAAUCAGAAAACUGUCUGGAAAUUAACUACAGUGGGAACAAGUGGAACGACAGAGUAUGUAACCAGCCAUGGCCAUUUAUUUGUGCCAAAAAAGUCUGAAGCCUCCAACCAUCUGCUGAAAAUCUUCUCAGCUUCAUCUCUGCUCAGUUUUAAUAUUUUUCAGAUUAACAUGCAGCUGAGCUGCUCUGAUAGCAGUUCUGUGUUUGAUAUGAUUUCUUUUGGGAAUAAUAGGUUUUUAAUCUUUUGAAACAAAAAAUAACAUUAUAAACACAAACUUGAUUUAAUGAUCUUUAUGCUGUCAAAUAUUUUUACUUCAUUAAAUGGUGUGAAAACCUGCACAUGA